AUGCAUAGCUUAAAAAAACGAAAUCUAAAAUUUCGACUACCCCAUCUGAUUUUUGUUCAUACUCUUUACUGUGGAAACCAAAAAGCAAAUUCUUUAUCUUAA